AUGACUGAUGCUGAUAAUUGGUUACCAUGUGCUGAGAUUUCUGGAUCCUUGUGUGGCCUUGAUCUUUGAAGAAUUCCUUUAAAGUUCAUUUUCAAGCAGGUGACCAAAGGCAGAUUUGUGUGCCAAACUCUAAGGACUGUGAACAGGAGGUCUGCUGGUGAAGAAUUUGAAUAUGACAAAGAAGGGUCUGACUGUAAUGGAGGUGAACUGUUGAGAAAACAGAAAAUUUUUCCUGAAUGCUUUUGGGAAGACUUUAAGGUAAACAUCAUAGGUAAAAGGGAUGAUUCACUAGUUCAUUUCUGUGACAAAUUUGAUUUUCCUAUUAAAAUCUGUGGGCACAUGAUUCCUUGCAAGCAUGCUUUUUGCUAUGAGUGUGCUAACUUAUGCAAAAACAAACAAACAAACUAAAUCCCCCUGAAAAUGGAGAUGUGUCCAGGCCGUAGUGUUCCUGUGCUGCAAAUUGAGCAGCACAGUUCUAUCUUCACGUGUAGCGCUGUCCAAGGAUGCAAGAAAACAUAUUUUUCUCAAAGAGACUUAUAAGCUCAUAUCAACCAUUGCCAUAGGAAAACUGAAAAACUUGUUACUUGUGCUCCACUGGAAAAGGUUCAUCCUUGUAUUUCCUCAUCAACAGCUGAUAGCCCUGUAAUGCUGCUGGUCAAGGACCAUGUGAGUCACAUUCCACCAGAGCAGUACACCAUGCUGUCUGCACCUCCUAGGCCAGCGGUCGCCAACCUUUCAGGCCUCAUGGGCCACCAGUGGUCCUCAGACCACCGGUUGGCGAUCGCUGUCCUAGGCAAUGUGUGCCACACAAGCACAAUGGAUCAGCCACCUCCACCCAUGACUUUAUAUCCAUUAACAGUAACUUUCCCCCUGGAUAGAUUAUUGCUCAGGUGCCACCUUAUAUGA